GGAAAUUUGGUUAAGAAAAAAAAAAUCUCCGGCGGCAUCAAGACAGAUCAGACGCAGCCAUAGCAAAUCAGGAAGUUGCAUACCAUACCGUAAUUGAACAUAUAGCAAAUUAAACCAAAGUUGUGUGUCUUUUUGAAAUGUUCCCAAAUUUCAGUCUCAUUUUCUCCUUAUCCAUCAUCAUAUAGCAAUAGAAAGAAUGUUCCGUAAUUGUUGUUUCAGUUGCAGGAAGGAACAAGGAAAGAGGACUUACCAAUUCCUCCCUGCCCAUCUUCUCGUGCAUAAAAGCCUCCUGUUCUUCACCUUCUUCUGCUCAAUCAGUGAAGAGGGCAUAUGAAAAAGUUCUGAUUUCUCUCUCUCUCUUUCUCUUCAAUGGCAAAGGUUCUGUGUGUUCUUGUUGUCUCUGCUCUGCUGUCUCUUUUCCAUGGAUUCACCACCGCCACAGUGAAAACAGAGGACGGAUCAGAGGAAUGGGGCUAUGUCGAAGUCAGACCCAGGGCUCACAUGUUCUGGUGGCUGUACAGAAGUCCGUACAGAGUGAAUGAUCCCUCGAGGCCGUGGCCCGUCAUUCUCUGGCUGCAGGGCGGCCCGGGGGCUUCGGGAGUUGGGAUCGGGAACUUCCAAGAGAUUGGACCACUGGACUCGAACCUGAAGCCGAGGAACUCGACGUGGCUACGUGUUGCCGAUCUCCUCUUCGUGGAUAACCCAGUGGGGACGGGAUUCAGCUUCGUGGAGGAUGCGAGCAACGAUAAGCUGCUCGUGAAGACGGACGAAGAGGCUGCCGAUGAUUUGACAACUCUUUUGAUCAUGAUUUUCAAUAGAGAUGAGGGGCUGCAAAAGAGUCCUCUGUACAUCGUUGCAGAGUCGUACGGAGGGAAGUUUGCAGUCACUCUUGCUCUGGCCGCUCUCGACGCCAUUGAAGCCGGGAAGCUCAAACUCACACUCGGAGGUGUGGCACUGGGGGACAGUUGGAUCUCCCCUGAAGAUUUUGUUUUCUCUUGGGCUCCUCUCCUCAAAGAUCUUUCGCGAUUAGACACCAACGGAGCGAAGAAGUCAAUGAGCGUUGCUGAGAAGAUCAGAGAUGAGCUAAUUCAUGGAAAGUACGUAGAGGCAACUACUUCUUGGAGAGAACUUGAAGAAGUUAUAUCGCAAAGCAGCAAUCUAGUGGAUUUCUAUAAUGUCUUGUUGGAUGCGUUCAUGGAUCCAGUGUCAUCAGUGGCGGCUGAAGAACUUGGGAAUGCAAUUGCAGCCCAGAGAUACUCGACUUACUUAAACUACUUGAAGUCUUCUUCUUCUUCGCCCGGCAGCGAUGGAGAUAUAAAUAGCUUAAUGGAAGGACCGAUUCGGAAGAAACUCAAGAUAAUCCCUAAAAAUGUCACAUGGGGAGGACAGGGGAAUGCCGUAUUUAAUAAUUUCCAAGGAGAUUUCAUGAAACCGAGAAUUAAUGAGGUCGAUGAGCUGCUUGCAAAGGGAGUGAAUGUGACCGUGUACAAUGGACAAUUGGACCUCAUCUGUGCAACUAAGGGGACCGAAGCAUGGCUUGGAAAGCUCAAGUGGGAAGGGCUGCACGAAUUUUUGGAUAUGGACAGGACGCCAUUGUACUGUGGGACGUCCAAAUUGGGCACGAGAGGUUUCACAAAGUCGUAUAAGAACUUGCAUUUCUAUUGGAUCCUCGGCGCCGGUCACUUUGUUCCAGUGGAUCAGCCCUGCGUAGCAUUGAAUAUGGUGGGUUCCAUCACCCAGUCCCCAACGACACCCCACUCUUCAUAAAACGACACCCACCUCGUCACAGACAACAUCGAUGAAAACAAGACCAGACACAGGAACAGAUGGAGAGUUUGCUUGUGAGUGGUCAUAUACACAGACAAAUGAGGAAAUUCACAUUCAGUUUCCUGCUUUAUAUACAACUUAUUCUGAACAAUUUCAAAAGAAAAUGCCUGGAAUUGUAUAAAUUCAUCGAGCCGAUUCAAUCGCACGUAUGUAACUUCCAUUUA